AUGUCUUCCAAGCUUGCUGCUGCCCGUUACGGCAAGGACAAUGUCCGCGUCUACAAGGUUCAUCGUGACGAGAAGACCGGCUUCCAGACCGUGGUCGAGAUGACCGUGUGCUGUCUUCUCGAGGGCGACAUUGAUGUUUCAUACACCAAGGCCGACAACAGCGUCGUCGUCGCCACAGACUCCAUCAAGAACACAAUCUUCAUCCUCGCCAAACAACACCCCGUCACAACCCCCGAAGUCUUCGGAUCCAUUAUUGGGUCUCACUUCAUCGAGAAAUACAGCCACAUCCACGCCGCUCAUGUCAACAUCAUCACCCACCGCUGGACCCGCAUGACCAUCGACGGCAAACCACACCCUCACUCCUUCCUACGCGAUGGCGCUGAAACACGUAACGUCCAAGUCGACGUUACCGAGGGCAAGGGAAUCAAAAUUGCUUCUACAAUUCAGGGUCUGCAUGUCCUGAAAUCCACCGGAUCCCAAUUCUGGGGAUUCGUGCGUGACGAAUACACUACUUUGCCGGAAGUCUGGGACCGUAUUCUCAGCACGGAGGUCGAUGCAACAUGGAACUGGAAGAACUUCUCGAGCCUUGCUGAGGUCCAGGCCGACCCUGCCAGAUUCGAUAACGCAUGGAGCGCUGCACGGGAAAUUACUCUGAGCACUUUCGCAAAGGAGAAUAGCGCUAGUGUGCAAGCUACCAUGUACAAUAUGGCAAAUCAAAUUUUGGCCGUUGUGCCACAGGUUGAGACGGUGGAGUACUCGUUGCCUAACAAGCACUACUUUGAAGUUGACUUGAAAUGGCACAAGGGUCUCAAGAACACAGGCAAGGAUGCCGAAGUCUUUGCUCCUCAGUCUGGACCCAAUGGACUUAUCAAGUGCACUGUAGCUCGUACUUCCAAGGCCAAGUUGUGA